CCAGGGAGGCGAGGGAAGCCCGGCCGGCGCGGAGAACCCGGACCUGCAGGGCAGUCAGGACGCGAUGGUUACCCGGGGCCUCUUGGUUUGGAUGGCAAACCAGGACCUCCAGGACCAAAAGGGGAAAAGGGUGAAGCAGGGGACAUAGGCCCAAGGGGCGAUCAAGGUCGAGAUGGAGCCACUGGCCCCCCUGGUCUGCCAGGACCCCCAGGGGCCCGGGGGCCUCCUGGCGACACGGGAAAAGAUGGCCCAAGAGGACCUCCAGGCCCCCCAGGUUUCAAAGGGGAGCCAGGAGAGGAUGGCCUCAUGGGUGCCAGGGGACCUCCAGGACCAAAGGGUGAGCCUGGCAUCCAAGGGAAAAAGGGUGAUGACGGGAUCCCUGGGGAACCAGGACUUACAGGCCCUAAGGGAGAAAAAGGAAGUGCGGGGCCCAAGGGAGACAACGGCACAGAUGGCCUGCCAGGACCCAAGGGUGAGCCUGGUGAGAAAGGAGGAAUCGGCUCCAUCGGACCCCGGGGUCCCCCCGGCCUGAAAGGGGAACAGGGCGACACCGUUGUGAUCGACUACGAUGGCCGGAUCCUGGAUGCACUCAAGGGUUCACCAGGUCCCCCAGGGCCACCGGGCCCCCAGGGCGCUCCAGGUCCCAAGGGAGAGCUGGGCUUGCCGGGUCCACCUGGACUGGAUGGUGAAAAGGGUCCCAAAGGAGCAAAGGGUGACCAAGGCAGCACAGGGAUCACGGGACAGAAAGGAGAGACGGGAGAAAUGGGCUCAUCAGGUCCACCGGGAGCAGAAGGACCAAGAGGAGACAAAGGAGAAAAAGGAGACACUGGAUCACCGUGUCUGCAGAAUAAUCAUAUCAUACCUGAGCCCGGACCCCCUGGAUUACCUGGCCCUAUGGGUCCUCCAGGAAUCCAGGGGCCUAAAGGCUUGGAUGGUGCAAAGGGAGAAAAAGGUGACAGCGGUGAGAAGGGGGACCACGGUGACGCUGGACCUGCUGGUCUCCCCGGUGCUCCAGGGCUUAUCGGUUUACCCGGUACCAAAGGAGAGAAGGGAAAGCCGGGGGAGCCGGGAUUGGAUGGUUUCCCGGGUCUCAGAGGAGAGAAAGGAGAGAGAAGUGAAAGAGGGGAGAAGGGUGAGCGAGGAAUCCCGGGCAGAAAAGGAGCCAAAGGGCAGAAGGGGGAGCCAGGCCCCCCUGGACUGGAUCAGCCUUGUCCUGUGGGACCAGACGGACUGCCAGUAGCUGGAUGUUGGCAUAAGUGAUCUCUAAGCAUGAAGCACAAUAUGUAAAUAAUGUGGUAUAUUUUGAUCUUUUUAAUUUUUGUAUAAAAAAAGGGAAAAAAACCUUGCAACAGUAAUAUAUUGACCUUUUUUUAUACUGGAUUUUGUCAUUUAUGGACUCUGAAAAUAUUGUAAAGCUCCCAAACCCGUAAGAUACACACAAUAACAUCAGUUUUGAUAAAGGUACCAAUGACAGUAGCUGGGAAUGAGCAGUAUUCACCGCUAAUGCUGCUGUGUGAACUACCAGUGCUGAGACAGCGUGGUGCCUGGCGUGCCUUAUUGCAUGAAGGAGGGAGAAAUCCCUUUCCUACUUUGGCUCUCAACUCUGUAUUUGCAUUGCAUGUGCACAUUAAAAGGGUGAAAAAACCUGGCUGAAAACAAA